AUGGAGACUGCAAUACCGAAGAUAGUAGUCGUUGGAUCUUGCAGCGUUGAUUUUACUACAUAUGCACCUAGACUUCCAUUACCUGGAGAAACUUUACAUGGAACAAAGUUUACGACUAGCUUUGGUGGCAAAGGUGCAAAUCAAUGUGUUGCAGCUGCCAAACUAGGUGGAAAUGCAUACAUGAUAGCUAGGGUUGGUGACGACUACUGGGGAAAACAGUAUAUUGAUAAUUUAACGAAAUUCGGUAUAAAUGCACAACAUACAAAAAUAACCAAAGGCAUUACUACUGGUAUCGCUCAAAUUUGUGUAUCAGCUAAUGGAGAAAAUCAAAUUGUUAUUGUAUCUGGUGCUAAUAACUACCUUAGUAUCUCAGAUAUAAAUGAAAACCAAGAACUCAUAAAGAAUGCUGAUAUUAUAAUAAGUCAAUUGGAGACACCAAUCGAGACAACGUAUCAUGCCUUCAAAUGCUGUAACGGAAUACGACUACUUAAUGCAGCACCAGCUAGUACAAAUAUAAAAGAUCUUUUAGAGCACUGUAACAUACUAUGUGUAAAUGAACCAGAGGCAUCUUUUCUAGUCGGCUUUAAUGUAGAUGUGUCCAAUAUCAAAAAUGCACUAAGGAAGCUUUUAGAGUUAGGUUGUCAAACAGCCAUCAUCACACUUGGUAAUAAGGGAGCUGCAUAUUGUAAGAAAGACGAUGAUCUUUAUGUUCAUGUACAGUGUACAAGAGUUGUCCCAGUCGAUACAACAGGAGCUGGGGACGCAUUUGUAGGGGCGUUAGCAAAAUUUCUAGUAAGCCAUAAGAAAACUCCUUUGCAUCAAAUUGUUGGAGCCGCCUGUGACGUGGCUACAAAAUCAGUUAUGAAAGAAGGAACACAGCCAAGCUUUCCCGACAACUAUAACCCUUUUCAAGUUCUUUAUGAAUACAUUAUUUUAUAA